ACUUUUGCUCACUACUAUGCAUGGUACCCAAGAAGUCGAUACUAAAGCGGUAGAUGGGCUAAUGGCUUCCCACUUUCAAGAAAACGACGUUAUCGUACCCCUACCGAGAACCUACGUCAGACAACGGAUUCCAGCAGAUCGUGAUGAGAUUCCUCGUCCCGAAGAGCUGCAAGGAUGGUCACAUUUGCAGAUGGUUAGGAAACACGUACCUCCUUACAUGGAAGACGUAGAAAUAGGACUCCUGAUCGGACUAAAUUGCCCUAGUGCAGUGCGACCAAGAGACAUUGUUUGCGGGAAUGAGAAUGAACCCUAUGCAGUAAGAUCACUACUAGGAUGGCACGUAAACGGUCCUGUUAACCAAAAGAGCAGUAAACAAGUACAUUGUAACCGUAUUCAGAUUCUUAAGAGCAACACAGAGAAUAACGUGAAUGGGUACAUCAUUGCUGAGACAGAGAUUAAGGAGCGGCUAACCCCUCAAGUGGUUUCUCGAAUGUUUGAGAUGGACUUUGCUGAAAGGGAGCACGGAGUCGCAUUAUCAAGAGAAGACCGUCAGUUCCUGAAGAUUGUAGAAGAUGGAAUCCAUCAUAGAGAUGACAUGCAUUACGAGAUGCCUCUGCCCUUUAGAGAAAAGAAUGUACAGCUACCCAAUAACCGUCCUCAAGCAGAGCAACGCCUGCACGGCCUUAAGAAGAGACUCCAAGGCGACGCAAGGUAUCGUGCUGACUACGUCAGAUUCAUGACUGAAAUCAUAGAGAAGGGAUAUGCUCGAAAGGUCAAGGUUGAAGAGCUACCCCAUCAAGAAGGAAAGGCCUGGUACUUACCUCACCACGGGGUUUACCACCCCAAAAAACCAGGCAGCAUACGCGUAGUAUUUGACUGUUCAGCUCGUUACCAGGGUGAAUCGCUGAAUGGCCACCUAUUGCAAGGGCCCGAUCUAACAAACAAGCUCACUGGGGUGCUCACAAGAUUCAGAGAGGAGAAGGUAGCCUUCAUGGCUGACAUAGAGAAAAUGUUUUUUCAAGUCAAGGUUCCAAGGGAAGAUCAGAACUUCCUUCGCUUCUUAUGGUGGCCAAAUGGAGAUUUAACUCAAGAGCCUCAAGAGUACUGCAUGACAGUGCACCUCUUUGGAGCUGGUUCAUCUCCAGGGUGUUCUAACUUCGCCUUGAAACGUACAGCCGAAGACGGUGAAAGAGAGUUUGGUGCAAAAGCUGCCGAAACAUUAAGGAAGAACUUUUACGUCGAUGAUGCUCUGAGUUCGGUACCGACAGAGAAGGACGCUGUAGAACUAGUACAAGCUGUUAAAGAGAUGUGUGCAAAGGGAGGGUUCAAACUAACGAAAUUUGUCAGCAACAGUAGAAAGGUGAUGAUGUCAGUACCUGCUGAAGACAGAGCUAAGGAGAUCAAGGGCCUAGACCUAGGUAGUGACAAGUUACCAAUAGAGAGAGCUUUGGGUGUAGAAUGGUGCAUUGAAUCGGACGCAUUCAAAUUCAGAAUAGAGUUGAAGGACAAGCCGUGCACCCGUAGGGGUAUACUGGCAACUAUAAGCUCGAUCUUUGAUCCUCUGGGGCUGAUUGCGCCCGUCGUCCUUGUUGGAAAGCAGAUACUUCAAGAGAUCUGUCACGGAAAAGACUGGGACGAGCCAAUCGAGGGAGAAGUUCUUGCCAAAUGGGGAAGAUGGAGAAGUCAGUUACCGCUAUUAGAGCAGCUGAACAUCCCAAGAAACUUUCAGCCUCCUGAUUUUGGAAGCAUUGCCACUGCUCAGCUACAUAAUAUGUCAGAUGCGUCUCAAGUCGGGUACGGACAAUGUUCUUAUCUCAGACUGGUUGAUGAAAACGGAAGAAUUCAUUGUUCUCUUGUUAUGGGGAAAGCUCGUGUUGCACCGUUGAAGACAGUCACUAUUCCAAGACUUGAACUAACUGCCGCUACCGUUUCAGUAAGGGUUGCAAGCAUGCUAAAGGAAGAGUUAGACUAUGGCGGACUCCAAGACUUCUACUGGACCGAUAGUAAGGUUGUCCUCGGGUUCAUCAACAAUGAAUCUCGAAGAUUCCAAGUGUAUGUUGCAAAUAGAGUGCAAUUCAUCCGUGACCACACUUCACCAGACCAGUGGCGCUACGUGGAGUCUGGAUCCAACCCAGCAGAUGAAGCAUCGAGGGGGAUGAACGCUAAGGAGUUUAUGCAAAGGUCGCAGUGGAUUAAGGGCCCAGACUUCUUGUGGCAGACGGAAGAUCACUGGCCUCAACAAGACUCAUACGAAAAAGAGGUCGACCACAAUUCUCCUGACGUUAAAGGGGUUACCGCUAACGCGACAGUGAUUGAAGAACAUGAAAACAUGUUAAGCAGAUUCAAAGGAUUCUCCAAGUGGCAAGUCCUAAAGGGCGCAGUUGCGCUUUGUAUGGAAUACAAACGACGUCUCAAGAUGAGAGCCAGUAAAGCAGACAAGAGACAUGUAACUGUUGACGGUCCUCAAGUUAAUGGGCGAAGCCGUGAAUGUGAAGGUUGCCCGGCUACUUCCUUUAUGGUCAGAGACCUUGAACAAGCAGAAACAGAAAUUCUCAAGCUGGUGCAAGCGAAUUAUUUCGAUAAAGAAAUCAAGAUUCUGAAAGAUUUCCAAACCCAGACCGGAAGUGUGCCUAAAGAUCGUCAUCAUGAUAAGGAAAGGAAAGCAGUUUUGAAGAAAAGUAGCAGCCUUAACGCCCUUGACCCAUACCUGGAUGCCAGCGGAAUGUUGAGAGUCGGAGGACGGAUAAAGAAGGCUAACCUCUCAGACAGUCUUAAGAACCCUGUCAUCUUACCGAAGGCUGGUCAUAUUACAGAGCUGGUCCUCCGUCACGCCCAUGAGAAAACUCACCACAGCGGAAGAGGUCUCACCUUAAACGAACUUCGUUCGAGUGGUUACUGGAUUAUCAAUGGAAAUGCUGCGGUCAGACACUUCAUAUCAAAGUGCGUCACGUGUCGACAUCUCCGUGGUACCUUUGGAGAACAGAAAAUGGCCAACCUCCCAAGUUCCCGUGUUGAACCCGCGCCACAGUUUUCAUACUGUGCAGUGGACUACUUUGGUCCAUGGUAUGUCAAAGAAGGCAGGAAAGAAGUUAAAAGGUACGGAGCCCUAUUUACUUGUUUGGCCAGUCGUGCGGUACAUAUCGAAGUAGCCCACUCCAUGGAAACAGAUUCAUUCUUACAAGCAUUACGGCGCUUUACCUGUCGUAGAGGACCCAUAAGAGAACUUCGCAGUGACCAAGGGACUAAUUUUGUUGGGGCCGAAAACGAGUUAAAGGCAGCACUUCGAGAAAUGGAUGAUGAGAAAAUCAAGGCAGAGUUGCUUAAGGAGAACAUUGAUUGGAUCAGAAAUCCUGCUACUGCAAGUAAUUUCGGAGGCGUUUGGGAACGACAAAUUCGGUCCGUGCGGAACAUCAUGGCAGCACUUAUGAAACAGCAUGGUCACAGCUUAAACGACGAAUCGUUGCGAACUUUGUUAUGUGAAGCUGAAGCUGUUGUCAACAGUCGUCCUCUGACUACCGAGACCUUAAGUGAUCCGCUCUCACCGUUGCCACUAUCGCCAAGUACCCUUCUCACUGGUAAAACCAAGCUCAUUCUCCCCCCUCCAGGAAAGUUUCAACGAGAAGAUACUUACUGCAAACGUCGCUGGAGGCGCGUACAGCAUAUUGCUAACGAAUUCUGGAAUAGAUGGAGUAAAGAAUAUCUUCAGAUCCUACAGUUGAGACAAAAGUGGACACACAAGAGAAGAAACUUCACGGAAGGCGACAUUGUUCUAUUAAAGGACAACAAUUCUUGUAGGAAUAAGUGGCCUAUGGCUAAAGUGCUUACCACACGUCGUGAUGAUGAAGGCCAAGUCAGAUCGGUGACUGUUCAAACCGGAACUGGAUCAGUAUUGGAUCGACCAGUCAAUAAACUUGUGCUGUUGCUAGAGUCACCUAAGGAUAGACCGGGAAUCCCCGACGAGGAGCCUGAGGAACUGUGAUGUUACAGAAACAGGAUAUCUAGAACGCUUAGCAAU